AUGCCUGCAACGCGAGGUCGCCGGACAGCUGCAGCCGCAGCCGUACCAGCAAAUCCCCUCCAGGCCCAUCGCCUCGCUUUCUCUGGCAAGUUUCCUGGAUUCUCCCACAAGGACCUCAACACCCUAUUCACUUCUCUUGGCGCAUCUGUGACUCCCUCAGUGAACGGACGCAACACCCAUCUCGUCUGUGACGAAAAGGACUUCCUCAGGAAGGCCCCUAAAGUCAGAGAUGCCGAAGCCGCUGGCGUUUCGUUGGUCAAGCCCGAGUGGGUGGCUGAAGUGGCCAAGCUGAGGACAGACGUGGACCCAAGCAACUACCUCUGGCCAGAAGAGCAACACGAUCAGGGCGAUCAUGAAACUCCAGAUGAUUGCAGUGCAGAUGGAAGUGGAAAGAAGCGCCCUAUCGCCGUGGCCAACUCCAAUGGCAGUGACCUAGAUGCGGGAGCAGACGAUGGGCACGUCGCCAAAAAGCCUCGAGGCAAGGCUGCUCAAGUAAAGGAUGAAGCAGAAGAAGAAAGAGAAGAAGUAGUAGACCAAGGAAAUUCAGUCAAGGAGGAAACCAUUGAGACGAAACUCAAGGAGCUAUCCAAAGGUCAAUUUUUGAAGAAGAAGGACAUUGUUAUUCCGGUUGAUGAGCGUUGUCCCCUUCAGACCUAUGCCGUAUAUAUUGAGCCGCGGAGCGGCAUGAUCUACGACGCCUCUCUAAACCAAUCCAGCACUUCAAAUAAUCACAACAAGUUUUAUCGCUUGCAGAUCUUGUUUCAAGGCUUGACCUACAAAACUUGGACGAGAUGGGGCCGCGUUGGCGAGAUGGGACAGAAUGCCAUUCUCGGGGACGGCUCCCUCGAUGAUGCCAAGAAGCACUUUGAGAAGAAGUUUAAAGAUAAGUCUGGUCUUGCCUGGAAGGACCGCACCAAGGACCCCAAACCCAACAAGUACGCCUUUGUGGAGAGAAGCUACGACGAGGAGUCUGAAGACGGCGAGCAGGGCACAGCUCCCGACGCCAAGAAGGAAAAUGAACAAGAUUACAAACCUCCCGAAUGCACACUUCCCGCACAAGUCCGCGAGGUCAUGGAGCUUAUCUUCAACCAAAACUACUUCGACGCAACUAUGUCCUCUCUUAACUAUGACGCCAACAAGCUGCCUCUCGGGAAGCUCAGCAAAGCUACCAUAUUGAGAGGCUUCCAACAACUCAAGGACCUUGCUUCUCUGAUGGACGAUCCUGCCCUGGCCACCUCACAGUGGGACAUGACUGUCGCAGCAGCAACAGAACACCUCUCUAAUACAUACUACUCUCUCAUCCCGCACGCCUUUGGUCGUAAUCGCCCGCCCAUCAUCAACAAUGAAGCUCUCCUUAAGAAGGAAAUUGAGCUCCUCGAAAGUCUGUCCGACAUGAAGGACGCGUCCAACAUCAUGAAGAUUGAUCGCUCAAAGGCUCGUACAGUCCAUCCUAUGGACAGCCACUUUCAAGGGCUGGGCAUGCGUGAAAUGACACCCUUGGACCACUCAUCGUCCGAGUUCGACUACCUCCAAAGAUACCUCAACGGAUCCAAGGGCUCAACCCAUGGAAUCAACUACAAGGUCCGCAACAUUUUCCGUAUCCGGCGUGCUGGCGAGUACGAACGCUUCAACGACUCGGUCUUCACCAAAAUUCCUUCCGACAGGCGCCUUCUCUGGCACGGUUCACGAUGCACCAAUUUCGGCGGUAUUCUGAGCCAGGGACUCCGAAUCGCACCUCCGGAGGCUCCUGUAUCGGGAUACAUGUUUGGAAAGGGUAUUUACCUAGCAGACAUGUCCACCAAGUCUGCCAACUACUGCUGCUCCUAUAUUUCCAAUAGCCACGCACUUUUGCUCCUCUGCGAGGCUGAACUAGGCGACCCGCUUCAGAAACUCACUGAUGCAUCGUACAGCGCCGGCGAGGAUGCCCAGAAGGGUGGCAUGUACAGUACUUGGGGAAUGGGCAGUACCGGUCCCAGUAGUUGGGUGGACGCGGGAGCGGUCCACCAUUCCCUGGAGGGUAUUAAAAUGCCCGACACAAAAGUAGCCCCCGGCCCAACCAACGUCGAUGGCGCAUAUCUCGCCUACAAUGAAUAUAUCUGCUACGACGUGGCGCAAGUCAAGCUCCGCUACUUGUUCCACGUGGAGAUGUGA